GAGUGUUUGAGGCAAUAUAAACAAGGGCACCAUGGGGCAAAUGAAUUAGUAUGUGAUUUUUUUGUAGAAAACACAGUAGUCUGGGAUGAGCUGCGGCUUAUGGCAAAUCUGCCACACGGGGUGGUAGACCGCAUACUUUGUAUUCCUUCUUGUUUGAUGCGAAGUGAUUGCUGGUAUUGGCGAGGGAAUCUGCAGGGUAAUUAUUCAGUUAAAGAUGGGUACCGCAAGCUUAUGGGAGAGGCGACCCAUGUCGCUACGUUUACAAAUUGGGGCAGAUUCUGGCGUAUUCCAGUUGCUCCAAAAGUGAAAGCACGCACCCAGGUGGACUCGCUUGGAGAUUUGCAAGUCGUGUGCUGGACAAUCUGGAGCAUUUGGAAGGUCAGAAAUGAUGUCGUGUGGAAUCAGAGUGCUCCUCUACCCAGUUCCGCAAGUAGACUCGCCAUGGACAUGUAUAAAGCAUGGUGUCAUCGGUUUCAAGCUGGUCAAACGGAAGAGCUCACUCAUACAGGAACAACGGAUAUAGUGCAACAGUCGCCAAGGAGUAUUUAUUGCUGGUUCGAUGCCGCACUCUUUCCUCAAGAAGGUACUGCUGGUUUUGGAUGCUAUAUAUUAUUAGCAGACGGCUCAUUUGGAACUGCUUUUAACGGGCCGAUUCAAAGCACCCAAGACCCAGCGAUGGCAGAAAUCAUGGCUUGCAAAGAGGUAUUAUCUUGGCUUAAAAAUAAUGGGUUUAGGGAGGUCCUACUUUUCUCGGACUGUUUGAAUUUGGUCACAUCUUUGCAAGAGGGAAAUGAAGCUUCCUAUCGUUCUUACUUUGGUGCUUUUGUUGAUGAUUGCUUGUCGCUUAUGGCGUUCUUCGAUGUUAUUACUUUAUCUUUUGUUCGUCGGGAAUGUAAUAGUAAGGCUCAUUCUUUAGCAAGAAGAGCCGGGACUCAAUUUCGGGAGUGGGAUUCCCCUCCUAGUUUCGCUUGAUAUUUAAUGGAAUGAUUGUUUUAUUUUGAUCAAAAAAAAAAAAUAUAGUAAGUACUCCCUCCGUCCACAAAUAAACUUUACGUUUACUU